AUGUUGACGCACGCGACAAACGCGUCGUCGUGCGCCGACGACAGGCCUGUCACUGGACCGUCCGCUCGAAAAUCGUACGUGGAAAAAUGGCGCGACGCAAUAACAGUUAGCAGCACGGCCGAGGCGCGAUUAGCUCAGCCGGGCUCCGUUACACGCCGUAGAGUAGACGGAGGGCGCAUCCGCACAAAGGUACAGAAAUAUGCGGCCGGUGCUAAACAU